UCUCUUUCAGUUGUCGCUCGACCAACGAAGCGUCUCGAGGUGCGUGGUUCUUGUCAGUGUCAAUGUGUGUGUGUGCACACGUUCAAUCAUAUAAAGGACGUGUAACGCGCCGGCGCUCGCACGUGCUUCGACACGUUUUUUAAGAACCUCAUCAUUUAUUCUCAGUUUUUUUAAUUUUUUUUUCUUAUCUUUUCUCUCCUGUAUUAUUAUUAUCAUCAAUUAUUAUUAUUAUUAUUAUUAUUAUUAUUAAUUUUAUUAUUAUUAUUUGAUUAUUUGAUUAUUUUUUUUAUUUAUUUACUAUUUUCCUCUUUCUCUAUCGGUAAAGAAGAGAGAGAAAGGAAACUUUCAUUGAGAGUGAAAGCUCCAGAGAGAUUUUUCGUUCAAAUUCGUGACCUUCCAUUUCAACGGGACCAACUUUUGUUCCGUAUUAUGCUUCUUUUUCUUCUUUGAUUAUUUUUCAUUUGUCUGGAAUUCAAAGGACGACAAGUUGACCAAAAUAUAUGAAAGGAAUAUCGAAUGAUCUAUUAAAAUUCGGAGAAAGGAGCAGAAAGAUUUCGCUUCCGUUGAUGAUGCAAGAUGGUUUGUUCGAGGCGAAAACACGCUUUGCAUGGUAAACUUCGAAGAAAGCAAUCCAAGAGGGAAAGUGAGGUUGACGUCUUCAUAACGAGACAAUACGUCGGAAGAAAAACCCGAGAAGGAAGAAGAAGAAAAAGAAGGAGAAACAGAAAAAGAAGGAGAAUAAUAAGAAGAAGACAAUAUAACAAAGUAUAAAGAAAAUCGCGAUCUUAUCGAGGAUGUUGCGAUGCAGAGAUCGAAUAAGACAGAUCUUCUGAUUGUUUCGAGUCGACAGUUAACUCGUUUCUCUUCGAUCAUUUGCGUUUCAACAAUCAUGAUUUUCUUCGAGACAAUCUUAAAUAUCGAAUCAUCGUUCGAACGUCAAAAUCGAGAACAAAUGUGUAUUCGAGUAUUCGAAAAAUUUUGACGACUUUUCUUUUUGAUUUUGUCAAAAAGAAUAAAAGAAGAAAAAAGAAAAAGAAGUAUAUCGUCUAAUAUUUUCCGAACAAAAAAAAAAUAAAAAAAAAAGACAAAAAAGAAACGAAAUGUCCUUGAUGAAUUUUAGUUUACCUUAUCACACGGCAACGCCGUCAUCAUUUCUUUAUACUGGACAUUCAACUGUUAAUAAUCUUCGUUUGAAUGCUGUCCUUCCACCAGCACCACCUACUAAUUAUGACAAUCGUGAACCUUUUCAAAAUGAGCCUUAUAUACCACCGUUGAGAUAUCAACAAGAAAGACAACAACAGCACCAGCAACAACAGCAGCAACAACAACAGCAACAACAACAACAACAAAGACAACGUCAGACGAAUCAACAGAGAAGACCAGAGCUUUAUGUUGAACAAUCUUCAUUUUCGUCGACUCAGGAUACAAGAUAUACGAAUUAUAAUCAAGAUUUUCGAAGGACUCAACCUCGACAGCAACCACAGUUACAACAGCAACAAAUGAGACCACCUCCUCCAGCUCCUUCUUCCCAACGUCAACAACAACAGCAACAACAACAACAAGAAAGAAUACAAAAUGAGGAACACGAUAGAAAAUCUUUAGAAGUCAGCAGGGUCUCCGAACAGGAAGGAUAUCCUGAUAGACCUAAUGGAUAUACGAGAGUAAAUGCCGAAGGAUUCGGUGGUGGUCCAGGUACAAAAACAUCCGUUCACGCUGUUCUGGAUUACGACGACGAUUUUGACGAUUAUUAUGAUGACGAAGACCAAGGUGUGCCAAAGGACGUACACGUUACACCGAUUCAGGGCCCGAUUUUCUUAAAAAACGGUUCUGUUCCUGUCGUACCACUUUAUUCUUAUCCUCAAUUAAACAAUGGAACUUUCGUGCAAAUUCCGAUUCUUUGGACUGCACUUUCGGUUGCAUUAGGAGUCGAAUUAAGAGGUGAUUUGGUCAGAGGUGCACCAUGUAUCAAAAGAUAUCAUCAAUUGUUCUGUCCGACUGCCGGGAAUACAUAUCCGAUUGAACGGAUAGAACGUUUUAUAGAUGAAAACAAAGCGUUGAUGAAGAGAAUGUACGGUGAUUUCGAGAUGAAUCCAAGUCAUCGAACUCGUAGGAGAAGAAAAAAAAGAGAAUCAUCGUCGAAACAAGAUUUGCCCGACGGUGGACCGAAUCUUCGGAAGGAGGAAGAUGAUUUCCAACCAGAGAUCGAAGCUGAUGGUGAUUCGUUUUUUGGUAGUGAUACCAAGAAAAGAGAUCCGAGACAAUCUUUCGGAAAAAAUCGUAACAACGACAGUGGAAGAAUCGAUGCGUGUGAAUCAAAAGUAGAAAUUGUGACGCCGUAUUGGGCAAGCAAUAGUGCAGGAAAAAUACGAGCAAUCGUGAACACUCAACAUUUCGAACAAGCAAUUCACCAAGAAGUUUGUUCAAAGACGCAAACGAAUCGAUGCAUGGGCGAUUGUGGAUGCGAACAAAAGUACAAAUGGCAUAGGUUGCUUGCUUACGAUCCAGACAAUGAUUGCAAGGGCAUAUUCAUGGAUUGGUUCCUGUUUCCUUCUUGCUGUGUAUGCAGAUGCGAUCCAUCGAACAACAAGUUUCCAUCGUCAAAUUCUCGAAAUUAAUUAUUUCAAAACACCGAAGAGAAUUUUAUUCUCGUUCUUUCCUUUUUCUUUUUCUUACUUAAUUUUCUUUUAUUCCUGUAAACGAUCAGUCAUCUUUUGAUUUCUUCAAUAGAAUAUUUGCAAAAAAAGAAAAAAAGAAAAAAAUAAUGAUGCUGUUAUAAAAGAGGCUAAGUUCACGACAUCUUUCCUGUUACAUCCUGGAUUUUUUGUUCUCCCUCUAUUUCCUAUUUCUUUUUUUUCUACAAUUUCAUACACAGAUAGAUAAUUAAUAAUUUGAUUUG